AUGGAGUUUCGAAGGUCAGGAGAGUGCUUUGCUGAAGGGGUUUGUAACGACUAUGAUGCUGUAGUAAUCGGGUCUGGAUAUGGAGGCUCUGUUGCUGCUUGUCGGCUAGCUAUGGGUGGUCUGAGAGUAUGCCUACUUGAAAAAGGGAGGAAAUGGGAAGCUCAAGAUUUCCCGACUGACACUUCCCAAAUGCUGUCUGCCGUCAGGAUAGAGCACAGGACAUUUGGAGUCAGCUUUGGCCCUAAGGAUGCUCUUUAUCAGGUUUGUAGACAUGAUGAUUCUGUAGCUGCAAUGGCCUGUGGGCUUGGUGGAGGUUCACUGGUGAAUGCAGGAGUAGUGGUGCCAACACCAGCUCGCACAAGAAGGAACCCGAAAUGGCCUAAAGAUUGGGAAAAAGAUUGGGAGGUUUGUGAAGCAUUAGCUUCUACAAUGCUACGAAUACAAGAUGUUCCCAUCAAGUUCAGGAAUGCGAAAAUCAUGGAUGAAGCAGUAGGAGAAGAGACUGGCUUUAAAAAUCCCGAGCCAUUGAAGUUAACUGUGAAUUUUGAUACAGAAGACCAAAUGUAUAGCUCAAAAAAGCUUGGGAAGGCUGAUUCCUGCCAGGCUUGUGGAAAUUGUAUGUCUGGUUGUCCCUAUAAUGCGAAAAAUUCUACAGAUAAAACUUACUUGUUGUCAGCCAUACAGGCAGGAUGCGAUAUUAGAACGGCAUGUGAAGUGCAAUAUGUAUUCAGAAAUCUAGACGAUACUUCUGAAGUAGAUGAAGCAAUAUGCAGAAGAAAGAGUCGCAGAUGGCUAGUAUUUCUUAAUGAAUUUGAAUGCAUAGCAUCAGAUUUUGUUGUACUCUCAGCUGGAGUGUUUGGCACUACAAAGAUACUUUUCCAAUCACAAAUGAGAGGCCUGAUCCUUUCCAAGAAGCUGGGCUGUGGAUUGAGCUGCAAUGGUAAUAAUGUUGCUUAUCUUUCACGAAGUAGAGCUCCCUUAAAUGCUUGUGGCUUGGACAGAAAGAAGCUAUCAGAGGUACCUUUUGAAGAACGUCCAGGGCCAUCCAUUACUUCAUCAUAUAUUUCGUCAUUGGGUUUCACAAUUCAGAGUGCUGUAAUUCCCAUUGCUUUUCCCUGGCUACUUUUUAAAGGGAUUACAACAUAUGGAUGGCCAAUUGGCUAUAGUAUUUUAGAUAGCAUAGUGCACAAGGUGAAGCAUCUUUUCGGUCAACCCAGCCAAGACAUGGUUCUCAACGUAAUUGGGUACGAUAAUGGUGAUGGGAAACUUACAUUUCGGAAGGACGCUAAUGAGAUUUGCUUUCAACCACCAAGUGACCCUUUAUUAGCGAGAAAAAUUGAAGCGUUGCAGAGAAUAACGAAGAAGUUGGGUGGAAUUCUCUUCAUGUCAAGGUAUAGAAGCACAUCCGUUCACCUACUUGGAGGAUGUUGCUCUUCAUCGGAUGCUUCAUCUGGUGUUUGCAACAGCAAUGGUCAAGUUUUUGACACAUUAAAUCUGACAACAGUGUACCCCGGGCUGUACGUUUGUGAUGGCUCCUUAAUACCUUGCUCGGUUGGCAUAAACCCAUGUCUCACCAUUGCUACAGCUGCUGAGCAUGUAAGCAAGCACCUCCUGCAGGAUGCUCUUGACUACAAAAGCAAAGAUGUAGACUUUGUAAGAGGAAAACCUGUUGAGAAGAAAAGUUUAGUCCGUUCUUGGAAGUCAGAGAAUAGCCAGGGAACGGCAGUACUUUUUAAAGAAACCAUGCGUGGGCAUGUAGGUGGUUUGCCCUGUGCUGCUUACCUGAAAUUGAAAUUGAACGUAAGAACAACUUCUGAAAAAACUAUGGGAGACUUUAGAGAGCCUAAUCCUAUCCUACAAGGAAAAGUUAGCGGCCAUGUCAUGUGUUGUGCCAUAGAAAUGGACAAAUUGUACGUGAUAGAUGGCCAGGUAGAUUUGUGCCAUGUAGAUAUUAAAACUCCUUAUACUCAAUACAUGCACUAUCGUCUCCUCCUUGCAGCAUCCUCUGGUUCAAGAUAUAUACUCGAAGGGAAGAAAGUGAUGAACCCUUUUCUCUUGGGCCUUGAUGCGUGGAAAGACUCAACAACACUUCACGUAGUAUUAAGAAAAAUCUCUCAGCAUACUUCAAAGGAAGUCAUGAUAAGCUUAAAAGGGAAACUUCAUAUUUCAAUGAUAGAGCUCUUGAAGAGUCUAUUCAAAGAUGGCAUUAUAAUCAGCUGCCAACAGUGGAAGUGCAAUCAAGGACCACAGAGGCAAGAAGAAGGGAAUAAGCCAUUACCUGUUCUCCUAAUUAAUGGUUAUGCAACUGAAAGUUAUUGCUUGCCAAGUGAAAGUAAUGAUCUAGUUAGAAGCUUACUACACCAAGGGCAUGAGACCUGGCUGCUGCAAACAAGACUGCUUGGGACUAAUUCUUCAAUUAAUAUGACAGUAGAAGCUAUUGGAAUGUUUGAUAUUCCUGCUGCAAUCAACAAGAUCUCUGAGUUGCACGGGGAGUCUGUAAAGAUACAUGUUGUUGGACAUUGCGUUGGCGGUCUUGCAAUACAUAUUGCCCUUAUGGGGGGACAUGUUUUCUACAAAAGAAUAGCUUCCCUUUCCUGCACCAACUCUUCCAUGUUUUUUAAGCUGACUGCUUGGUCGAAAUUCAAAUUAUGGCUUCCUCUCAUCCCAGUAAGUACCAUGGUGGCUAGAUAUUUUGCCCUUGUGCAUAUUGAAUGUGGGGAGAAAGUGUGGACAGAAUUUGAUCAGAACAGUUUUGCUAAUCUAAAAAAUUGA